AUGUCAACUAUACCAGAUGACUAUCUAGAAAGAGUCUACGCAGGCGUCCUGGGAAAACUCAUCGGCGUCUACGUCGGACGACCCUUUGAAGGCUGGACACACCAGCAGAUAGUAGAAGAACUCGGCCACAUCCGCGGCUACGUCCACGACAAAGUCGGCGAUCCCCUCGUCGUCACAGAUGACGACGUCUCAGGCACAUUUGCGUUCGUCAGGGCCCUAGAAGAGCACGGCUACUCCCCCGAGAUUUCAUCUGAACAGAUUGGAAAAACCUGGCUGAACAAUGUCAUUGAGAAUCGGACCAUAUUCUGGUGGGGAGGCAGAGGCAUGUCCACGGAGCACACUGCCUUCUUGAACUUGAAGCGAGGCAUUCCUGCACCUCUCAGCGGCGCCAUGGAGACAAACGGCAAGACGGUUGCGGAACAGAUUGGCGCGCAAAUCUUCAUCGAUGGCUGGGCUCUGGUGGCUCCUGGAAAUCCCCAACUGGCGGCCAAGCUCGCUCGUGCUGCGGCUUCGGUCAGUCACGAUGGUGAAGCUGUGUAUGCGGCUCAGCUGUGGGCUGCCAUGGAGGCGGAAGCGUUUGUCUCGAGGGACAUUGACCACCUCCUCGAUGUUGGUCUCUCUUUCAUUCCUGAAACAUCACUCCUUGCCCGUGUGAUAGGCAAAGUCCGGGCAUGGGUCGCGGAAGACGGAGACUGGACAAAGACUCGCCAGAGGAUUGAAGAGGAGUUUGGUUACGACAAGUUCCACGGUGUAUGCCACGUCGUUCCCAAUCAUGCCAUCAUGAUCAUGACUGUGCUCUAUGCGAGCGACGACUUUGAUGAGGCCAUGCACAUCAUCAAUACCUGCGGCUGGGACACAGACUGCAACUCCGGCAACGUGGGCUGUCUUGUGGCCAUCAUGCUCGGCCUCUCGGCUUUCGAAGGGCCGUAUGAUUGGAGAGGGCCUUUGGCGGAUCGCGCUCUCAUAUCCAGCGCUGAUGGAGGAUAUUCCAUCAACAAUGCCGCCCGGAUAUCCUACAAUAUCGCCAACAUUGGACGUCGUCUGGCCGGCCACGAGGAACUCAAGCCUCCAAAGGCUGGUGCUCAAUUCCACUUUAGUCUUCCAGGAAGCACUCAGGGUUUCCAGCUUUCCUGGACGUCUGGCGCUGAACAAGGUACCUCAGCCGUGCUACAGCAACGAAUCGACAGCUUACAUGGUCCUGGUCUGGCAAUUGAUGUAGAUAACCUGGGCCAGAAACAAGGUCAGCUCGAGAUUCUCACCCAAAUCUUUACCCCCAAAGAGGUUCUACAAAUGAAGGUGUACGAGUUGAUGGCAUCGCCACUGGUGUACCCCGGCCAGACAGUCACAGCCAAGAUACGCACCAGUGGUGUUGGAGAGGCAGUCGUUGGGCUGAGGCUCAAAGUGUAUAGUCGGAAAGACGACUUGGUUACCGUUGAUGGGCCGUCUAGAGUGUUGGAACCUGGAGAAGAGCAUUCACUGACUUGGACGAUCCCUGACGAGAUGGACAGCCAGCCUAUCCAGAAGAUUGGCAUUGUCAUAAACCCCGGGACAUCAGACUCAUUCAAAGGGACCGUUUGGCUUGACAGCCUUUCUUGGACCGGCGUGCCGAACAUGGUGAUUCGAGGACCAUUGCAGAGACCAUGCGAGUUCUGGCAUCGAGCGUGGGUCAACGGCGUCGAUACCUUUAGUGAUUGGGCUUUCAUCAUUGCUCAAGGGCAAGGCGAAGGCAUCAUCAGCCACGGCACACGAGAGUGGGACAAUUACAGCGUCACCGUCCCCAACUUGAUGGUCAAAUUCGGUGCCCCAGCCGGUCUGGCCAUCAGAGUCCAGGGCCUCAAUCGGUAUUAUGCCUUGUUCUUCACAGGGGACAAGAGAGUUGUCCUGAUCAAGGCAUUGGAUGAAAGGAGAACAGAACUCGCAAGUACAGGAUUCUCGUGGGAGCUGGAUCGGACAUAUCGGGUGACGCUGACGGCUUAUGGUGAUUGCAUUCGAGCGCGGGUUGACGAUGUGGAAUUGCAGGCUGUUGACCCGCAGUAUGGAGGAGGAGGGAUUGGACUUGUGGCCACGGACGGGUGUGUGUCGGCGGACUGUUUUGAGGUUGCGCCUGCCAUUUGA